AUGUACGUACAAAUUGAUAUCAUUUGCCAGAUACUUUUGAAGUUGAAGGUAGAAGUUCUCAUCCGAUGUCAAUGCGUAUGCAAAGAAUGGCGUUCCACAAUACAAAACCCCAAUUUCAAGCUCUCCUACCGCGGGCAAAGGCGAGUGCUGGCUGCGGCGGCGGAGGCGGAGGCGGAGGCGGAGUCCGGCAGCAGCUUAGCCUUUACAUCCAUAACCAACAGUAGUCUCCGCAUUAAAACCCUAUUCCAGGUCAGUCUUGACACGACGACGUUUCCCCCGCUAUAUCGUUGGUGGUCUGGUGUUUGGUGCUCUUGCAACGGGCUGGUGCUUUUCUCCGUGCGAAAACAUAUUUUGUUGUGGAAUCCCUCCACUCGGUGCUGCAUAAAAGUGCUUGAUCUUCCACUUUUGAACAACACGAUCCCUAUGGAGGUCGUGUCGGGGCUAUGUUACGUCUCGUCCACCGGAGAUUACAAGGUUGUUCUGUUAUUCCGCUUUGGCUUUGAUGGCGGCAAUGUUGUGGUUGCCAGCCUCAAGAACAAAGAGUGGCAAAAGGUUCCAUUUCCUUAUGACGCAUACUCCGCUAGAGACGGCGUUAACUUUCACAACACCCUCCAUUGA